AUGACAUGGAGGAGGAUGAAGAGGAUUACAAAUAUGAAAUAUUUCCAUGGGCUUUGGGUGAAAACAUGGCGUGAGAGCUACCCCCAGUUUCUACAACGCCGAGACAACUUGUGGGCCAGAAUGAAAUACAGAGCAGUUGUGAGCAGGAAGUGCUGUGAUGAGGUGAUGUCUAAAGAUUCCUCUCAUUGGGCGUGGCUCCGUAACCGUCCAAUACACCAUAGUGGGGCACUCAGGAGUUACCUUCGAAAUGAAGAUCUCUUUCCUAGAGGUCCAGGUGUGACUCCAACCAGCUGUGCUCUGUGCCGGAGGUCAAGCACUGAUGAAUCUGAUACCAUGGCUAGCAGCAACUCUUCACCAGAAUCCAAUUCAUUUACUUUUUCAAAUGUCGAGUGGUCUCAAGACCUCAUCUUGCCCUCACCAAUGCUUCUGGAUCCAGAGUCUGUCUAUGAUAUCAACAUGUUUCAGGAACCACUUGUUGGACUGGAACCUGGAGGGACAUCCCUUGAAUGGUGCCUCAGUGCUAUGUGA